AUGAGUACAGUGGCUUCCAGAGAUUUUCAAAUAAAUCAAGUACGUUUUUCUGAAACAACAUCGAGUGUAAUUUGUAAAGAACGAUUGUAUGAAAAUGGUCGGUCGUACCAAGGAAUAAACGAAGAAAUUAUAUGGGUUAGUAUAGGCAUGGGAAUAGCUAUAGCUGUCCUUAUUACCAUAGCCCUUUGCUAUAUUAUGAGGGAAAAAUGUAUCGAAAGAAGAGAAUACUAUAUAACUGCAUGA